UUGACAGCAAAUAUUCACGUAUCCCACCAUCAGCUCGAUGUCCGGGGUGAUCUCCCCGACGAAUCUGUCGCUGUUCUCGUCGCCGGUCUCGGUGACGAGGCCAGUGGCUACGCAGAGAUCCGUCUCUAACGUGCCGCCACGCUGGAACACAGCGCCGUUCAUCAACCUCGAGGACGAUUACAACAUGAUCGCCCCGAUCAUCACCGGCACCGCUAGCGAGCCACCUUCCACCAUGGACGAAGACCGAUACUUUCAUCCGGUGCACACGAGCAACGUGGUGGACAAGAGCGGCGCCGGCAACCUGAUGGGCACGGAUCUAGGUGUAGCGACGGACCCAACUUCCCACCACCAUCAACAGCAGCAGCCCCAACAACCUCAGCAACAACCUCCACCUCAACAACAACAGCAGCAGCAACAGCAACAACAGCAACAACAACCGCCACCGCAACAGCAGCAGCAACAACAACAACAACAGCAACAGCAACAAGUGAUGCAGGACAAGAGCGGCAGACCCAAGUCUCCCCCGUGACACUGGAGGCUUAGAGGAGAAAGCGUCGAGAAGCUCGCUUGUUCCACGGGGUCGUUACUCACCGGCGCGUACGAUAAUUAUCCCCCUGAGCCGGAGGGGAAUCGCCAGGAUUCCUCGUGUCGUGUUCAGCUUCGCGACCUAAGCCUGCGGAGAAUCGAGUGCCUGAGAGUCUGAUCGUAGUUUAAGCGGGCCGCGUCGGGGGAACCGUUCGACGCCGCUUCCGGCGAACCGGGCCUCCGCCAUCUCUCCUUCUCUCUCUCUCUCUGUCCAGGGUUUUUAGAUCACUCUCGGAUUAUCUUCUUAUUCGCCCUCUGAGGCUCCACCACCCAUCCGCCUUUCAUCCCUUGGAACUUUUUCAAUUCUUUCGAUUUCUUUUCCGAUGAUUCUGAAAUUCCGGAAAUUUAUUCGAUUCGAUGUUGGAAAUUUGCGUUUCAUGUUUUUCGAUGAAAAGAAGAUCAGCUUUUUACACGUUUCAAUGAAAAAAAAAAUUGAUUUAUAUAUAUAUAUAUAUAUAUUUUUUUUUUUUUUACGUUUUUACGUCGACGAAUUGCGAAUUUUAAUUUCAUUCUCGGCCUCCGUUUUCUAUACAUUGUUUUACGCUUUCGACAAAGAGCUUGGUUUCCUUUCAUUUUUAUAUGUUUCCGAUUGAGAAAGAUUGGCCUAUUCCUUUCCUAUGUGCAAUAUUAAGUUAAUUUUCCGCGAAGAAGGCGAGGCAAUUCUCAGUCCUCAGAGGGUAAGCGUCUCGGUCAAUUAUUACUUCCGCGCCACCGGAAGCGUCGUUCUCCUCCCUCGACGCGCUGUUAAUUUCUAACUCUCUCUCUCUCUCUCUCUCUCCCUCCCUCUCUCUCUUUCUUUCUCUCUAACGUGAGUAAGGACCCCUCAUCUCUCGUCCCCUGGUUGAAGCGUCAGCCGGCAAAAUUGAAAGCAGGAAGCAAACGGAACAAGGAGAAGAAGAAACAAGAAGAGAUUUUUGCCCGUCUGUUUCCCUGUUCUUCCCGCCUCGGAGAACGUGCGGUUUCCUUUGUACAUACACGCUGUCGUGGUAUUUUGUAAGAUCGUUAGACGACGUUAGGGUAGUUUGCAUCUGAACGGCGAAACGAAACGGAACGGAAGAGAACGGCGAGGUAAAAAUGGUUAACAAUGAAAAACGAGGAAAGCGAAGGGACGGAUCGAGAAAACGGAAGAAAGGAAAAAAAAGAAUUUCUAGUGCCAAUCUCGUAGUUUAUAAAUAUUAUAACGAAAUUAUAAUUUUUCUAUUAUAUUUUUUUAUAAUAUUUAUGAAGGAACACAGACACACGCGCACACGUACACAUGCUUGA